UGUCAACAGCUGAUAAUGCAAUUAUAGAAUUGCAAGUUUCCGAUAAAAUAUACAAUACUCAAUAAAAAAUUAAAAAAAAAAAAGAUAUAUUUUUAAUUUAUGUUGUGUAGUUAAUGUUAUUGUGCAAAUAAUCAUUACGCAAAUUUAAUAACCCCUUGAGGGCUAUCCUACAAUGUCCAUUAAUUCCGGCUGCAUUGAAGAUGAGCGUAAUAAGAUACCAAGAAUCAUGACGUUCCGGCCUAGCUAUGAGGAAUUCAAGAACUUUUCCAGUUAUGUUGAGUACAUGGAACGUCGUGGGGCUAAUUUAGCAGGCUUAGCGAAAGUGAUACCACCACGAGAAUGGGUUCCACGCAAAACUGGAUACCACAUAGACAAUAUUAACAUGACUAUACCAGCGCCCAUAUGCCAAGUAGUAUCAGGUAAGCAAGGUGAAUAUCAACAAAUUAAUGUUCAAAAGCGUUCUAUGACCUUGCGGCAGUUUAAAGAAAUGGCAGAGUCAGAACGUUACCAAACUCCGAGACAUUUUGAUUACGACGAUUUAGAACGGAAAUAUUGGAAAAAUGUAACCUAUAUUGCACCAUUCUACGCAGCAGAUGUAAAAGGUUCUCUAAGCGAUACGGAUUUGCGAAUUUGGAAUAUAAAUUGCCUUGAUACUAUAUUAAAUUAUGUUAAUAAGGACUAUGGCAUUGAAAUUGAUGGCGUAAAUACAGCUUAUCUGUAUUUUGGAAUGUGGAAAAGCUCUUUUGCAUGGCAUACUGAAGAUAUGGAUUUGUAUUCCAUAAACUACCUCCACUUCGGUGCCCCAAAAACUUGGUACGCUAUACCACCCGCAUAUGGUAGACGUUUAGAAAAAUUAGCGAAUCGACUUUUUUAUGAAAACUAUCAGAAUUGUAAUGCGUUUCUGCGCCAUAAAAUGACACUUAUUAGCCCACAAGUGUUGCGUCAAAAUAAAAUACCGUUUAAUAAAGUCACACAAGAAGCGGGUGAAAUCAUGAUAACAUUUCCUUUUGGUUACCAUGCCGGCUUCAAUCACGGUUUUAACGGUGCAGAGUCAACAAAUUUCGCAUCAAAACGCUGGAUUGAAUAUGGCAAACGUGCAAGCAUAUGUAAUUGUCGCAAGGACAUGGUUAAAAUAUCUAUGGAAACAUUCGUUCAGCGCUUCCAACCCGAGCGCUAUGAAAACUGGCUUAAAGGAAUUGAUUUUGGUUGCCAUCCGGAAGAACCUGGAAAAAUUUGCGCAGCUCCUCCACCCACCAUCAACAAAUAUCAUUAUUCAAAGAGAAGACGAUCAGAGUCAACCGAGUCGAUAGCAUCACAAAGUACAACUCAAAAAACUAAAGAUACAAUGCAGAAACGUGGUUGUACUUCACUAGCUGUACAGGAAGAUGCUGCCACGAAUGCGUGCUUUGCGAAAGUGCCCAAAAUUAUAUUAACAAAGAUAGAUAGCGCCAGCAGUAAAAAUUUAGAUGUUAAUGCAAUAGCAAUGGUACGCCUCAAAAAGAUUUGGAAUAAUAUCCCAUGCGAGAAGGACGGUAAGAAUUUGCUUACCAAUGGCAUAAUAAAAAAUACCAAACGAAUGCGUUUUCAAACGAAAACCAUCAAACUGGAUGACGAAGACUAGUCUUGCGAAAAAAUGUAUAUGCUCGUAUAGUAUAUAAGAAUUAUGUAUUUAGGAUAUGUUUUAUAUACGUAUGAUGAGACUGUUACCUCAAUUAGUGUAUUAAGACCACGGCAGUUCUAACAAAAAAUUCAGAUAGAAUUUCAACACUUCUAAAAUAGAUUUAUAUGUAUACAUAGCAGUAGUAGGAUUUCAAUUUCAGAAAGUUGUUCGUACCAUCAAAAAAAUUUUAUAAAUAUAGGUUCUUGGCAAUGUUUUACGAUUGGACUUUAAAAAUCGAAAUUUAUACCUAUGUAUCAGCGUUAAUACUCGUAUACUGAGCUUUUGUAAUAAUUUUAUAAGCGAGGCAAUAAUGCAUUUGAUUAUUUUUCUUCAAUCCAAUAUUCGCCACACAUAAAGUUGUAUAAAUAUAAAUCAUCGAUAUGAUAUAUAUACAAAAAUCAUUUAUUAUAUUUACUAAUAGGAUAUUCACAUGAGCAUGCCGUAAGCUCCACUGUCGUGAGAACCCCUUUUUUAGUUGGGAUGCUCUCGAUAUUUUUUUGUUCACAAUCUUAUACAAUUGCCAUAGAAAAUAUUUUUCUUACAUGUUUAAAUAUAUAAUAUAGGUACAUACAUACAUAUUAUAUUUCUGACUAUGGGAAAUUCUUACAAGUCAAAUAAUUUAUGCUAUAUUUCAAUUAAAAAUAAAUAUAAAAAUUUAGUUAAGAAAUAUUAAAAACAUAUGUACAUAUUGUAGAUAUGUACCUAUAAAUCCUAUUUUACGGAUGCUAACAACGGUCUUCAUAAUCAGGAUGUGAGGAAAGCCCAAGACUUAUGAGAUUUAUAAAUAUUUUCAGAUCAUUAAUCUUUUUUUAACACAGGAAAAUAUUUAAAUAGCAGUAAAUGUAUACCUUCACGCUCGACAAGGUGACUUAAGGAAAUCGGAGAAAGGCUAAUGAAAAAUGUUUUUUUCUAAAAGUAUAUCCGAUUUUUGAGUACUCAAAGCUAUCAUUUAUACAUAUACACAUAUGGUAAUUAAAAUAGGUACGCUGCCUUUAUCUAUCGAUUUCCUUGUGCCGCACGGAAAACUUUAAAGCUACUAUUGCAAUUUCGCUUUUUUUACAAAUGACAUCACUACUUCGUUGUGAAUUUAAAAUACACUUUAUAUUAAGUUGCGAAUCGGUUAUUUUCAUAAAGGGUAAUUUUGCGUGGCCACUAAAAGGUACUUCGCGGUCUACUUUUGCAUUUUAAUUAAUUAGAUUUAGGUAAUUCAUUUAAUAACUAAUAAUUAAUAUGAAUUUCUUCCAAACCUGGUACGUGCGCAGUAUUACUCAGUUGAGGAGCAGAGACUUGUUGUCAAUCUUCGAAAAUCACAAAAAUCGUAGAAAUUCAUCGCUGAGUCAUUUGGACGGUGCACAAAUUUUGUUUUAAAUGCCCUUAAGCCCAAAACAAUUCACAGAACGACAUGGGGGUAAAGUAAAACGGCUUGCACCACUCAUAAUUUAAUUGUGACUCUUGCCAGAGGCAUCUCUUUAAGUCAUCAAAAAGCAUUGCAGCUGAAAUCAGCAACGUAAUAUCGGCGAAAACUGUACGGUGCCGAUUGUACAACAUGAACCUACCGGCAGAAUAAAGUUUCUUUAUUGGAACAAGCAAUUUUGAGGAAGAGGAAACGUUUUGCCCAAGAGCUCAACUCAUGGUGUGUGCCCUCUGGUAUGAAUACACAUAUAUUGUAUACACACUUUAGAACGAUGAAACAAGAAUUUAUUUGGAAAUGAUGCUGAACGAAAUGUCAGAUGUCUUAACGCGGAUCACAAAAAAAAUCAAGCACGGUGGCGGCAGCAUAAUGAUUUGGUUAUUCUCCAUACUAAGCACUUAUGCACCUCAUAAAAAAAAACGGACAAAUUUAUUUACAAGGAUAUACUUCAAGAGCUGAUGCUAACAUUUGCUGAGGAGAAUAUGCCACUUCGGUGGCUAUUUAUGCAGGACAAUGAUCCAAAAACCUUCUCAAUGUGAAUGGAUUUUACAAAAUAAUUUUAAAGUUAUGUAUUGGCCAAGACAGUCUCCCAACCUAAAUCCCAUUGAAAACCUUGAGGAGGUUUAAAGAAGCAAUAUGGCAAAGAAUCAAAGAACUAUGGUAUUCCACUCCCACAGAAACCUGCCUUUUGAUUAUCCAUUUUAUGCGAAAUCGAAUACAAAAAGCCAUUGCCACUUAUGGACAAAGUGGUUAUUGAUUAAGCUUCGAUAAUUAAAAGAGCAUUUUUAAGUCAUUUUGGUUUCGUAUAUAUUUCUAUUUCGUACCUAUUUUAGUGACCAAAUGAAUAUUUACUUUUGUUCCUAUUAUCACUAGUUUAAGUUUUAAACUAUUUUUGAAUUAUUGUUUUAAUUUGCCACAGUAAUCUAUGAAAUAUAAACCACAUACAACUGAAUAUUUGUUAUUAUUAAUUUAAAAAAGUUGCAUUUUUCGUAUGAAUGUGGAGGGUACCCAUUUUAGUGACCAUAUGUGUAUAUACUUGUGCUCAUCGAAAUAGCUUUGUAUUUGUAUAACUGUAUGAAAAACAAAACUGGUAUCUACGUAAAAAUUUACUAAGAGCAAAUACAGGAAACUGUCAUACGGUUUCAGAAAACUGACGAAGAAAGUGUUGAGUCGAUUUACAGUCGGUUCAGAAAGCUGUGCUUACAUAAUUUACGACGUGAAAGCGGAAUUAUAUGGAAAUGAUAUAAAAAGUUAGAAAACGUCACGCAUCAGGACCAGAAAUCGAAAUGAAGGUAGGCACAAUGUUAGUCGACUACCACUAAUGAAACUGAAUGAGAGGUAUUUGAAAAAAAAAAAAAUUUAAAUAUCUUCGUUUAAUAGUCAGAUAUGAACACCUGAUAUUUAAUAUCCACUAGCGGUAACUGGCCACGGCACCUUGUAAAUAUUAAACGAAACCCCUUUUUACAUUCAAGGAAAGUCACUUAACAUCGGUGAAUAUUAUUCAACACUCAUGAUGAAUUCUUAACAUAGAGAACCUAUGCGGAAUUAGUUAGAGAGUAGUUGCACUAAGAAAACCGACGAGCAGUUAUAAAGAAUGAAUGGAGCAAAAUUAUUUCUGGUCACUGUGAGGCACCAGUACGCACAAUGAGCAAGCGUUGUAGGGAAAAUUCUAGUUUAGAAAAGUACGGGUUUUGAACAAAACGAAAAUUUCAAAUGUUUUUAUUGUCGAAAGUACGAACACUGCAUCAACAUGAAGAAUAAUUAAGUUUUCUAAUUUUAAUGUAAACAUUUAACUUAAGAAAACUAAAAUAUUUAAUUUUAAGCCAUUUCCUCAAUUUACCAAUAAAAUUCAACUUUCAACAAUA